CCGACGACGACGACGAUGACCCCGGGAGCCUGUUGCGAUAGCUGGGAAGAAUGCUCCGCAACCCGAUCUCGUUGUACAUACAUGAUACAUGCAUCGGGUCAGCAAAGCGUACUUCGGCGCACGCACCGCGUCGUCGUCGUCGUCGAGGUAGUACCUACUGACGAGCUCCCAUGCCUCGCUCUGCAUUACAACCAAGCGAGGCAAUCGAUCGCUGGCUGGUGCCCAUCAAAUGCAUGGCCUGACUUCGUUACAGCGGACUCUGCGGCCUGGCAGCAGUGUCUGAGCGUACUGUCUGUCUCGGUCUCCAACACCCAGACUACCACCAUUACUACUUCAACAGUGCUACUACUACCAAAAACCAACCCCAGUGCGGCAUUGGGCUUCGCCGUGGCUGAACGUUGCUGUCUGAGCCUCCACCACUCUCGAACGGAAGCCCGCCCCCCCUUUCGAUCUCCGUCACGAUUAGCCUAAGCUUGUACCCUAUUCGCGUCCGCCUCCACCUCCAGCGCGCCGCCGAGAGCUCCAGCUCGAUUACCAAGGAAAUAAUGGAAACCUCGCUGCGCCGAGGGACUCGCGGCGGCGGCUCGACAUUGCCAAGACGCCGCCACCUGGGGUCAGCCAUCACCGCCCUCAUCAAUGAACGCGUGGCGAGCAACAUAUGUACAUACUGUACAUGCAGUUGCCAUUGAUGGGCUGAGGCUGGGGCUUGUCUCCCCCUCCCCCUCCUCUUCACAAGGCGGCUCUUGGCAUUGAUCGGUGGCCCUGUUCGUCCGUCAUGUCUGGAACUCUCUCAUCAAGUGCAUCCGGCGGCCGGCUCGGUGGGAAAUCUGGACCCUCCCUCCCGCCUCGUCCUCCUUGGAGACGGACGCUGGGCGGCGGGCAUCUCGGCGACGCCCACCCUCCCUCACGUCACCCCUUCCGCGCGGAAUAUACCAUACUAACUUACUACUACUGCGAUCCAUGAGAUGGACGGAAUGCCCGCCGCCGCGCGCGCGCGCGCACGGUCGGUCGGGCCCUUGCGCUCCGCCACUGGAUGCUCCGGAAAGCUUCGUCAUCGAGACAAGAAGGGCCCUGGCCGUCAAACGUGCUUGGCGUUUCACACACGGACAAAGCUCACAAUCCUCGGCCUCGGGUCCGAUCUCUCGUCUUAUAAGAUCCGCGACAACCGCGAAUCACCACCACCAACCGAAAGCAUGAGAGGCACAGUCCACCACCACCAUCACCACCACCGCCAGGUGUGUUUCGCCGCCCCUUCAGCAACAUGAUGCUGCCGCCGCCGCCGCGGCGGAUAUGUCAAAGAGUCUUUCUCAUAGCCAGUCUGGCCGCCGGGCUGUCACGGCAAGCUGUUGUUGUUGCGCCUCGAGCCGCCGAUCCUCCUCCGCCGCUGCGGUUUCGUGACAGUGGCACAUUUCACCUCUCCGUCUUUUCAGAUCUCCACUUUGGCGAAGAUCAAGCCGGAGACGGCCCGGCGCAGGACCGCAACUCGGUCCGGGUCCUGGGCGCCGUCCUGGACGCGGAACGCCCGGACCUCGUCGUCCUCAACGGGGACCUCAUCAACGGCGACAGCACGUACCGCCACAACAGCACCAGCUACGUCGACCAGGUCGUCGAGCCCAUAGUCGAGCGGCGCAUGACCUGGGCGUCGACGUACGGCAACCACGAUCACCAGCCCAACAUCAACGGCGAUGACAUCCUCAAGCGGGAGCAAAACUUCUCCGGCUGCCGCACGCAGAAGAUGGUCAACACAAGCAACUCGGGGACCACGAACUACUACCUGCCCGUGUACGCCGCGGACUGCGGCGACACCGCUACGUGCGCGCCUGAGCUACUCCUCUGGUUCUUCGAUUCGCGCGGCGGCUACUACUACCAGGGCGGGCCGCAGCCCAACUGGGUGGACAGUAGCGUCGUGUCGUGGUUCAACGCGACGCGCACCAACAUCACGCGCGCGCACGGCGGCAAGGUCAUACCCUCACUCGCCUUCGUGCAUAUACCCAUCAAUGCCACCGGCGCGCUGCAGUCCGAGGAAGGGGUCAACUCCAACAACCAGCCGGGCAUCAACGAGGAGGAGGUGGUGGAGCAGGGCGAAGGGUGGUGCUCCGACGGCAGCCAGGGCGAUUCGUGCACGUACGGCGGGCAGGACGUGCCCUUUAUGCGCGCCCUCGCCGCGACCGAGGGCCUCAUCGGGCUCUUCUACGGCCACGACCACGCCAACUCGUGGUGCUACAAGUGGGACACCCUGCUCCCCGGCAUGACCGUCAGGGGCAGCGGCGUAAACCUGUGCUACGGCCAACACUCCGGAUACGGCGGCUACGGAGAUUGGGCCCGCGGCGGGAGGCAGAUCCUAGUGUCGCGGGAGAAGCUCAGGGAACUUUCGGUGGACACGCACAUACGCCUCGAGACGGGGGACGUGGUUGGUGCCGUGACGCUCAACUCCACCUUCAACCAGGACUCGUACCCCGCGACCCCAGAUAUAAAGACUUAUCUAAGCGGCGCCUCAGGCGAGGACUUUCGCGUCUACACCGACUCUGCGGCGACGCCGAGACACGGGGCCCCGGACGGCCAGACGGUCGUCACGGCUGCUGUGUUGGCAGGCUUCUCGCUCCUGGUCGGGCCCCUGCUUCACGGGACGACAUGAAAUGAAACGAUGGGGAGAAAAGAAGAGGUCCCUUUGGACACAAAAUGGACCAAAAACAAAGGCGCCGUGCUCCUCCGCCGCUACAUGUGUAUAUAUAUAUAUGUAUCCUUACAGUCCCACGAUGCAACGUCAGAUACCCCGCCUAACGACAUUAAAAGACCCUAGUCCCCCUUGGUUGUGAAGAACGUGCAGGCAGUCCUCGCAGAUGACAGUCUCCGCUGGUGGAAAGGGGCCCGUGCCGACAUGGAGCGAGGCGGUCACGGGAGCUUGGAGGACUUGCACACCCGAAACACACCGGUUGCAGUUGCUGCAGGUAGGCAGGCUGACGUACUGACGGCUCGGCCCGGCCUGCUGGACGCCGAGGCCACUGCUGCCGCCGCCCACUCCAUGUCCUCCUCCUCCUCCUCCUCCUACUCCUCCCCCGCCGCCUCCGCUUCUAUUGCUGGGGGCAGCCGUCGACGGGGC